AAGAUCCUAAACUCUCCUGUUCGUGGGCACACCUAAAAGCUUUCUUUGUGUGUCCAACUCUCUCUCUGCUGUGUACUGUGGUAAAUAACCGAAGGCAAAUAGGUAAAGCCUCGCAGAAACACAGUUCCUCUCACUCACAAAAAAAAAGCUUUUAUUGAUUUUGGUUUCCCUUUAUUCCUUCUGUCUCUUUCUGAUUGAAACUUUUCUCCCACCGUUUCACAUGUAAUUGUAUCUCUUUCGUUACCUGUUCCCAUUAUCAAUACCCCCAUCUGAACUCUCUCUCUCACACUCACCGUCUUUUCCCUUUUCUCCAUUUGCGCUUUUCUUAUCAAGCUUUCAAUUUUUCUUGUUCCUUUAGCUUCUUUUACCUUUAAUUUCAUCUGGGUAUUUCUUAUUCCUCAUGUUCUUGCAAUAAAAUCUCUAGGGUUUUGAUGUUCACCUCUUUUGGCUACCUUGAUUUUCAAUCAUUUUUCUUCAAUUUCAUCUGGGUGUCUCUUAUUUUUUGUUAUUGUUGACUAAAAUUUGUAGGAUUUUGAUUUUAACUUCGUCGGCAGCUUUGAUAAUUUCACAUAUUGUUCAAUUCCCUUUGUUGGGUCACUCUAAGAUCUCAAUUUUGGAUCUUGGGUUGUGUUCCUUUCUCUUUGACUCACUCUUUUUCCACACUGAAUUUCAAUUCCGUUAAAGCAAUGUCAAGUGGCUAUGCUAUUGAGCUUUACUUCGAUCCCGCCCUUGAAAACCAGGUCUUGAAGGCCUGGAAUGUACUAGCUCGUCGCCAAAUCAGCACCCAGCUCAUCGAAAUGGAAUCACGCCCACACAUCACACUCUUCUCAAGCCCCUCACUCGAACCCUCAAGGCUUGAGAACAUUGUCAAGAGCUUUGCUUCAAAGCAGGAACCUUUGCCUCUAUCUUUCUCCUCAGUUGGGUGCCUCUCCAAUGACAACAAUGUGCUCUUUCUCACGCCGACACCUACAUUGUCUCUCCUUCAGUUCCAGUCUCAAUUGUGUGAUGCAAUGAAGAAGGAAGGGAUUGAUAUUGGGGAUGAUUAUCGCCAGGACUCGUGGAUUCCUUACUGUGCAGUUGCUCAGGAUGUGCCAAGGGCUCGGUUUUGCGAGGCCUUAUGUGUCUUGCGGGAUUUGAAGUUGCCUGUUAAUGGUUAUGCUAUGGAUAUCGGGUUGGUGGAAUUUUCGCCUGUGCGCGAACUCUUCUCCUUUGUGUUUGGUAAUUCAGUAGAAGCAUGAGGUUUUCAGAACCAUUGUUAUGUCUUAAUCUGAAAUUUAGCUUUUUUUUAUUAUCAAUGUGGUGCCUUUGUUGUUAAUGUAGAUUGAUAGAAAUGGUACUGUUUAGAGCAUAGUUACAGAAUUUUCAGUUUAUGUUUUUGUA